CGCUGCGAACGCGCCGCUGCCGGGCUCGGCGGCCGGAAACGCCGGCUUCAGAGUCGCAGGCGCCACGGCCUUUUCUUUUUCUCCGCUCACGCCGUGCCGCCCGCGGAGCCAUGGCCAAGUGGGGCCAAGGGGACCCGCGCUGGAUCGUGGAGGAGCGGGAGGAUGGGACCAACGUGAACAACUGGCACUGGACAGAGCGGGAUGCCACCAGCUGGUCCAAAGGGAAGCUCCAGGAGCUCCUGGUGGGCAUCGUCGUGGAGAAUGAGGCUGGGCGUGGUGAGAUCAGUGAGCUGAAGCAGGUGGAAGGUGAGGCUUCCUGCAGCAGCCGCAAAGGAAAGCUGAUUUUCUUCUAUGAGUGGAACAUCAAACUGGGCUGGAAAGGUAUUCUUAAAGAAUCUGGUGUGAAGCACAAGGGUCUGAUUGAAAUACCCAAUCUUUCUGAAGAAAACGAAGUAGACGACACUGAGGUGAACGUGAGUAAAAAGAAAGGAGAUGGGGAUAUACUGAAGGAUCUUAUGAAAACUGCAGGCACCGCCAAGGUCAGGGAGGCCCUUGGAGAUUACCUGAAGGCACUUAAGACGGAAUUUACAAUGGGAAUGAUUUUACCAACGAAAGCUAUGACAACCCAGGAAUUGACUGGUAAAAGAAAACUGAGUGAGAAUACCCUGCAGGUUCAGGCCUCAUCUCCAGUGGCACCUGGUGUAAGGAUUCCCACUGUGGCUCUUCACAUGAUGGAACUGUUUGACACAACUGCAGAGCAGCUGUAUAGCAUCUUCACUGUGAAGGACUUGGUGCAAAAGUUUUCUAAGUCUGCUGCUGUAUUGGAAGCUGAAAAGGGAGGGAAAUUCCAAAUGUUUGAUGGGAACAUCACUGGUGAAUAUCUAGAAUUGUUAACCAAUAAAAAGAUCGUCAUGAAAUGGAGAUGUAGGAACUGGCCAGAAGAACACUAUGCUACGGUUGCACUGAAUUUUGUGCCUACUCUAGGGCAAACAGAAUUACAAUUGGACUGUAAAGGAGUUCCUGUCUGUAAAGAAGAGAACAUGAAAUUCUGUUGGCAGAAGCAGCAUUUUGAAGAAAUAAAAGGUUUACUGCAGCUGACCCCCCUAAAUUGUUGAAUUAAGAUUUUAUAAGGCAUUACUUUUUGUAAGCAGAAAAAGUGUCACAUUUACCUCUCCCUAUUUUUUUUUAAAGGAUCCUUAAUUUAUUUUAUAUUGGAUGAAAUCUAUGAACAUAUAUACAAUUUAAAGCAUUGUUUGACUCUUUAUUAUAAUAACUAGACACUGCAUUGAGGAGUUAAAAGUAGCAACCUGGAAUUAGGUAUUAACCUGGCAUUCCAUAGAUGUUCCUCUGAAAAUAGAUCAAGUCCCCGAGUGCAUCAAGUCCCCGAGUGCAGAUAGUUGAUGUUUCCCAAGCUGAAGCCUGUCCUACAGCAAGCUUGCUUGCAGCUGUACUGUUAGUUCAAGAUGAGAAAAAAUAAAUGGCACGUUGAUACUAUUCCUUUAUUUUACUUUAGAGUUUUUAAGGGUGUAGAUCUUAGGUAGUAAAACAGUGGCAUGUUGCAUUCAAAAGCAUGUUGAGAUGAGGACGAGCUGGCUGUAUUGUGCUCCACUUCUCGCUGCCGAGGUUUUGCACUGUGUGGUGGAGAGGAUUGAGAAGUCUGGGGACACGUUAAUUUUGUGGGCUGCUGGUAACACAGUGAAAUAGCAUAUAAUGGGUAAGUGUUUCAUCUCAUUCACCAUUUUUCUCACUACUUUCACCUCAGAAGACGGAAGCAACGUAUGUAAACAAAUGAAAAGUCAUCACAAUCAGUUUAAUUAAGUGCACAGAAUAGCAAUCAGUCAUGUCAAUAAAAAUAAAACAAUUAUUUUUA